UAGUCAAACAUCAUUGCCCAAGAUCUACCGGUGCUAAAACACAUCAGUAUUGACCCACUGCAAUCAUGGCUACGGCAACUACGACGAAGACGACAAACGACGGCAGGAGUAAUUCCGUGACCACAAACCGAAAAUCCCGGAAGCGUUCUUCGAAGGACCGCGAAGACGACAACGACAAUGGCAACGACAACGACAACGGCAACGACAAGAAGAACGUCGAGCAAGCCCCGAAGCUCACCUCGUCGACACGCCGACGGAAUCGCAAAAAACGACAAAAAACCUCCCGGGGCAACGACCCCGGGAAACCGCUCGCCGGCUUGGUGCUCUCGGUCUCCGUCCUAAAGGACAGCGCCGCCGUAGCCAAGGCGAAGGACGGGCCCCUGGGCGGGACUGGCAACGGCAAGAGCGCUCCUACAGCUUCUCCCCCGAUGUCCUACAACGACGUGUGCCGGUCCUGCCGAAACCUGGGGGCCGACGUCGUCGACCUCGUGUGCAAACGGGUCGACCUCCUUGUUUGCACCGAGGCAGCGGUGAGGCAGGCCACGCAGCGGGUGCGCAAGGCACUAAAGAAGAAGAAGCCCCUCGUCUCGGUGGGCUGGCUGGAGGGUUGCCGGGCGGAGGGCCGCGCGGUCGACUACGAGGGCUACCGGCUCGACGAAACGGCACAGGACGCGGUGCGGAAGCGGCGGGACGCAUCUGGGAGUGGCGGCGACGCCGGCGACGACACCGAAGCGGAGGUUCUUCCAGACUCCGGGUGGACGGAACCGCAAGAGCUGGGGUAGGUGGAUUGUUCGAUGCUGUCCUUCGUUUCUGGACUGGUUCCUUCUCUGUUUCGUUCGUUGCGGGGGAUUCACAUUUG